AUGGCACUGGUCAUGGAACCUGUAAGCAAGUGGAGCUCGAGUCAAGUGGUGGACUGGAUGAAAGGCCUGGACGACUGCUUGCAGCAGUACACCCAGACCUUUGAGAGGGAGAAGGUGGGGGGCGACCAGCUCCUCCGCAUCACCCACCAGGAGCUGGAGGACCUGGGUGUGUCCCGGAUCGGCCACCAGGAGCUCAUACUAGAGGCUGUGGACCUGCUCUGUGCCCUGAACUACGGGCUGGAGACGGAGAACCUGAAGACCCUGUCCCACAAGCUGCACGCCUCGGCCAAGAACCUGCAGAACUUCAUCACCAGCCGGCGCCGCAGCGGCCACUACGACGGCCACGCCACCCACAAGCUGCCCAACGACUUCCUCACCUCCGUGGUGGACCUCAUCGCCGCCGCCAAGAGCCUGCUGGCCUGGCUCGACAGGUGCUACUUCUUUUUCAGGUCACCGUUUGCGGCGGUGGCCGACUACUCCUUGACGAGGAAUAAUGUCAUCCAGCUGUGUCUGGAGCUCACUACGAUUGUGCAACAGGACUGCUCCGUGUACGAGACAGAAAACAAAAUCCUCCACGUGUGCAAGACCCUUUCGGGAGUGUGUGACAACAUCAUCUCCCUGUCGUCGGACCCCAUGGUGUCGCAGGCGGCCCACCUGGAGGUGGUGAAGCUGGCCAACAUCAAGUCCACGGAGGGAUUGGGAAUGUACAUCAAAUCCACAUACGACGGGCUUCACGUCAUCACGGGGACCACAGAAGGAUCGCUGGCAGACCGCUGUAAGAAGAUCCAUGCUGGGGAUGAGGUCAUCCAGGUUAAUCACCAGACAGUGGUGGGCUGGCAGCUGAAGAACCUGGUGAACUCGCUGCGUGGAGACCCCUCUGGUGUGAAGCUGACGCUGAAGAAACGGCCACAGAGCACGCUCACAUCUACCCCCGCGCUGCUCAAGAACAUGAGAUGGAAGCCCCUAGCGCUGCAGCCCAUCUUCCCUCAGAGUCCCAGCAGUAGCGUUGCCACGCCAACAAGCACCCUCACCACCCCGUCCAGGAGAGACAGCUGUGCUCUGCAGGAACUCUACAUCCCCCCUCCCCCUGCUGAGCCCUACACACCCAGGGAUGAGAAGGGCGAGCUGCCCGUGGACGAGCUCCAGCAGGACGUCCCGCUGGCCAAGGGCUCCGAGUCGCCCAACUCCUGCCUGGACCUGGAGUCCCGCGGCCGGCGCUUCCCCCCGCUCGAGGAGGACGCCGUGCUGUACUGCUACGAGUACGACCACAACCAGCGGCUGUCCCCGGGGCCCCGGGGCAGCACGCCCACCUACGGCAGACUCAGGCCCAUCUCAAUGCCCCUGGAAUACAACUGGGUGGGAGACUGUGACGAGCCAAUGAAGCUCAACAGAGAGAGCAGGAGAGAUAACUCUCUGCUGCGCUAUGCCAGUGAGGACCGCAGCACAGGCCAGGAGGACUACAUGUCGGCACGCAGCCUGGGCCACGGCCGACGCAAGAGUGACAAGGCAGCAAGCCCCGCCCACUACACGCUGGUCCCCGCCCUCCAGAUGGACGUCUCCAUGUCCACGUCCAGCUCUGACUCCGCCUCUCUUUACAAGGUGUUCGAGCGCUCCUCAAUCCGCUCCAGGUCCAAGAAGAAGAGCACAGUCCUCUCCGUGCCCGAGAACCCCAUGUCCCUGGUCAGUAAGAGACGCAUCUCCUGCAAGGACCUGGGCCAGGGCGAGGAGUGCGAGGGCUGGCUGUGGAAAAAGAAGGACGCCAAGACCUACUUCUCCCAGAGGUGGAAGAAGUACUGGUUCAUUCUGAAGGGCAGCUGCCUGUACUGGUACCGGAACGAGGAGGACGAGAAGGCGGAAGGCUUCGUGAGUCUCCCCGAGUUUAAGAUCGACCGUGCCACCGAAUGCAGAAAGAAGUUUGCCUUCAAGGCCUGCCAUCCCCGAAUCAAGAGCUUCUACUUUGCUGCAGAAAACGUCGAUGACAUGGUCCGGUGGCUGAGCCGUCUGUCGAUGGCCGCCGCUGGCUUUGCCCCGCAACAGGAGAGGGUCCCCCAGGACCAAGACUACUGGAGUGAGAGUGACCAUGAAGACACAGAGCUGAACGCAGUGCCUAAACAGGACAGCCCACCUCCACCCUACGACACCUACCCCAGACCCUCCUCGGCGAGUCCUUACAUGGAGGCCAAACACAGCCACCGCUCCUCUUCCGACACCUUCCACUCCCGCUCCUCCCACGAGGACUACCGCCCCUCCUCCUCCCAGGACUACCUCCCCUCCUCCGCCCACGAGGACUACCACCCCUCCUCCGACUACCUCUCCUCCUCCGCCCAGGACUACCAGGAAGGCAGCGUCAGCAACAACAACGGCAGCGUUUCCCCGGGCGACCUCCGCCACCCCCGGCCGGACCGGCAGUCCACGCUGCCGUCCCACCGCACCGCCCUGAUGCUGGAGAGCUACGUCCCCGCCCGGCUCCCCCCGAGACCCUCCCUGGACGGGGAGGGGGGCGGCGGUGGGAAGCACCGCAGCUUCACCCUGCCCCGGGACAGCGGGCUGCACGCCAUCCUGGCGGCGGCGGGCAACAUGGCGGAGCGGGGGGAGCCGGGGGGCUACAGGAUGGAGCGCCCCGCCCACGGAGACGGGGAGCGGGAGCGCAGGCUGCAGGCCGACUCUCUGGGGGAUCUCUACCGGGCUCUGGAGCGGGCCAGUGUGUCCCCCGGCGCCGACCCCAGGCCUGGCGCGCGCCUGGAGUACAAGCGCUCCUUCGUCCGGCGCACCAACGACCCCCUGCUGAGCGAGAAGCUCCACCGGCUCCGCGUGCUGCACAGCUCGCUGAAGAAUGUGCCCGACAGUCUAACCAGCGAGUAG